GCCUGUGUAUGUAAAGAAGAGGCCUGGAUUUCCUUUCCCUUCCCCGCCCUCACACACACAUUUUUUUUUACUAGUGUUAGAAGGGUCUCAUUGUACAAACUGACUUGAAGUCAGAGCUGCCCUGUGUGUAAUUCCCAGCCCCCAUUCCUGUGACAUCAUUCCUUGCAAGAAAGCAGGGCUGGAAUUUUGAGUUAGAAAGAGAGAAGGAAGGAUUGGGACAGCUCAGGCACUGGAUUCAGGACAAACACUGGGAGACCACCGAUUCCAGAGGAUGAUAUUAAGCUAAAGAAGGACACGGAUCAAACUAGUGCCAACCAUUCAAAACCUAUAGAUAUUAUUUUGACAAGCAACGAAACUAUGGAUUUUGAGGUGUCAGAGCGUAAAGGAGUGACUGUAGUCAGUCCAGAUGUUGUAGCUGACAAUCAGAGUAACCUGCUCCCUGCUGCUGCAAGCCACAAUGGACUGAAGGACAGACAUGAAUCACUAGACAGUGAUGUUGCUAAAGAGAUACAAUACUUAGAUGAGGUGUUGGAGGCAAACUGCUGCGACACUGUUGCAGACAACCCCUUCAAUGGAUCGACCUCUCCAGAACCAGCUGCUAUUAUUACUGUUGAUGGCUCAGGUCCUUUUGUUAGUGUUACCAAUGAUUGUUGCACUCCCGAAAUGGAAAUUAUAGCAGUGAAUCAUAAGCCUCUCCCAGUUGUAGAAAUUGAAAAGUCCACAGAAAGCAUGGAAUCAAUUAAAAUUAAUGGACAUUCUAGAGAGGAGUUGAAAGAUGAUCACAGUGAUGUGUUUACAUAUCCUACCAGCCCAAAUUCUUCAAAUAGUUCACGCAGGUCAUCAAAAGAUGGAGAAAAUAUUCCAAAAGUAAUUAAAAAAGAAGCAAAAUUUGAACUUCGUGCAUUCCAUGAGGAAAAAAAGCCAUCAAAACUGUUUGAAGAUUUCAAUGAGAAGGAACAUAUAAGAGUAAGAAAAGUCAGACCUACGGAGGAAGUUGUAGAACUAGAAAAGGAAAGGAUUGAGCUUAUUAAAAGCCAAGCUGUGAAAAAGAACCCAGGCAUUGCAACCAAGUGGUGGAACCCACCUCAAGAAAAAACAAUAGAGGAGCAGCUAGAGUCUGACCACCUAGAGUCCCAUCUCAAAUAUAAAGAGCGGAAACAAAAACAGCAACAAGUCACAUCUUCACCACCCAUUAAAAGUGCUUCUGUGUCACCUGUACCUCCAGAAACGCAUACUGUGAAUAAGGAAGACAUUGUUACUGAACAAAUAGACUUCUCAGCGGCAAGAAAACAGUUUUUAAACAUGGAAAGUACAAGCCAGACCAGCUUCAGAGCCCCACCAAAGAGAUCAGUUGCUCCAACCCUUUUUACUGUGAAACCUUUCUAUAAAGUAAGCUAUGAUAACAGAGCUCAGUCAUCUGUCACAGUAACUAAUCCAUUUAAUGAGUAUGUUGACACAGUCAAACCUGAUGACUUGUCACUUGUCAAAGCAGAAAAAAUUGUCUGUUCUUCUGAAGACCAGCAAUGGACCCAUCAGACAGUUUUGCCAAAGUCUUCAACAGAACACUCUGGCAAGGCCUUGACAGAAGACAAUGAAUGUGUCAGUGCUUCCGCAAAACUUACAGUUGUGAAGGACGAUGAUUCUGACAUUUCAGACCCAUUUAUUAAAUCUGUUACUGUGUCUUCUAUACCUGAGGAGCUGGACUCUGGUUUAGAUGAUUUAUCUGUAAAAUCUCAGGACACCACAGUUAUGGAAACACUUUCAAAUGAUUUCAGCAUGGACAAUAUCAGUGACAGUGGUGCAUCAAAUGAAACUAUUAAUACCCUACAUGAACAUUCACUUGGGGAGUUCUCCCAGCCACAAACACCUUUACAUGAGAAUGAUUACACAGUAGAGGGAGUGUCCAAAUCAUUUAGUGAUCAAGGUUUUUAUUCACCAUCUUCUAUGCUGCAUGACUCUAUUGUUUCUGAGGAUCCAAUAGAAUACCAGGCUGGUGUGUUGGUACAAAAUGUAAUUCAACAAGCUCUUGCAGAAAAGGCUGGAAUAAGAGAAUACAGUAUACAAGAGCAUCCAGCAAUGCCCAGCGAGGAAACGAGGAAAGACUAUAAUGAACAGAAGGACAUAGUAAGUGAGGAUCCAAGAUCAUUUACUCCAGAGAGUCAAGAUGAAACAGUAUUUGAGCCAACUCAAAUUUCUUCACCAGUGCAAGAAACAAGAGGUGCAACCGUGACACCAAAGGCUUCUGAGCAAGAGCCUCAAACUAGACAACAUAAAGUCCCUGAACCAUUGUCUAUAGCACCAGUAACUGAUGAAGAUCCCAUUGAAGAAACUAGGCAGGAGAGCUACUUUAGCAAGUAUUCCCAAGCUGCUGAACUUAGAAGCACUGCUUCCAUUUUGGCAACACAAGAAUCUGAGAUAACAGUUGGCCCAUUUAAACUUAGAUCAAAUAAGCAGAGGACACUAUCAAUGAUUGAAGAGGAGAUCCGAGCUGCACAGGACAGGGAGCAAGAGCUGAAGAAGCAGAGACAAAGGCAAAGCUUGCAAAGUCCAACAAGCCCUUCAUGCAAGAAUGUACCUGUAAUGCCAACAAGAACAGCCUCCUACAAAACAGCACCAGGCAAAAUAGAGAAAGUAAGGACUUCAUCGACCUCAAGAGGAGACCUUUCCCCGACACAGCCCGAAGUACUGCUAGAAGAUGCCACUGGAUCCCAGCGUCCUAAAAACCUCAUGCAAACCCUUAUGGAUGAUUUCGAAACCCUCAAAGGCAAGAGACGUGAGCGAAUGGAUGACUCUAGUUACACCAGUAAAUUACUGUCUUACAGAGUUACUACUGAGGUUCUUGAGGCAGUAAGAGUUGGCCGCAGAAAAAGCGCCCAGGCACUGCGCUGGGAAGCAGGGAUAUAUGCCAACCGUGAAGAAGACGAAUAAGUGUUUUUGCAUUCAAGAUAACGAAAACCAAAAAAAAGGAAUCCUUUAAUUGCAUAUUUAUUGAACAAUAAGCAGCCUCUGCAGUCCAUAUAGAAACAACGUAGAACAUUUAUAAGUAAGAACGAAGACAUGCUUGAAGUGACAGGCACUGGAGGUAGCACCAGGCCCUGCUAAGCUUUGGACUCAGGAAAUGGAGAUGGAUCACUGACAUAGGCUGAUCCUAAACCCAGGGCUCAGCAUGGACAAUGAACAAAGCCAAACAUGCAAUGCAAUUGCUUCUUUUUGAAAAUGCAGCUUUGGGUCGCUUUUUAAAACUUUUAUCCUUGUCUUACCCUGCCGUAAACACAUGCAUGCACAGGUUUGAUGAAAGAUUGGCCCUUUACAUGCAUUUGCAGGUUCAUAUACAUGCAGGGUGCAACAA